AUGUCUGCCUUCCCCGACCCGCCAUCUACUCCGCCCCGUGGCCCCGUGAAUCCUACUUCAGCUACUCCAACCGGAAUGAUCGACGAUAUGGAAUCCGAUGACUUCUACGAUUCCACCUCGUCUUCGGAUGAUGAGCUGAUCCAAGGCCCGUCGAAGAAAGUCAAGUUGACCCCCCGUGAUUCCGCGGGAGAUGCAGUCAAAAACGACACUCCCGUUCCGGCUAAAGGUGCCGCGUCUCCUAAGGACGGUACUUUGACUGAGGGCAGUGUUCAUUCGGAGGGCAAGGCUCCUGCUAGUGUCCCCGCCGAUACCGACGCUGAGUGCCUUGUUGCAACUCCUCCUCCGACCAGCCCACCUCUCGGCCCUCGUGAGGACACUACCGUCGCCGUUCCUGGGGACUCUCUGCCAGCCACCACCGUUCCUGACGCUCCAUCUGCCGGCAAUGAACCUCCGGCUUCCCGGGAGAGCACUCCAAGCGAGCCCUUCUGCGCUACCAACUAUCCCAUCUUUGACCCUGACGACUCAGAUUACGAAUUCGGGGACUAUGACGCCACAGUGUUCACCGAACCUUACGCUUACAGGCAGUACAUGUUGGAGCGACAAGUGUGGAGGAUGGUUGAGAGCAGAAUCACACGACACCUCCAAGACUGCCUUCGGGGCUCAGCACUCACCUGGUAUCAAGAAGAACUAAACGACGAAGAACGAGAGGAUCUUCGUGAUGGCAGUCUUGAAGAUUGGGUUGAUUCUCUUUGUGAUCGGUUCAGCCGUCCCCCUGAGGACCACCUGGAGAAAAUCAAAGAGAACCCUUUGGACUUGACCGUGGUCCGGGCGAGCAAGAAUAUUGAUUACUGGCUGGAUGGCCAGUUCAAGCGCGCCGACCCAGUGACGGACGAGCAUUGGGAGGCGUUGCAUAUGGUCUGGGAGUCUAUUGACCCAGAACUGAGAAAGGAUGUGCCUGAGCCAGACAGCGAUAGUUGUUAUGUCGGCUUUCUGUGGGAUCUCGAGCAUGCGCACGUGCAGUGGCGUCUCAGGCUUGGUCUCCCGCCAAUGUGUGCCUUCUCGUGA